AUGGUGAAGAUUGUGCCCGUGAAACCCAGGGAGCUAGUUCUGGCUGAGCUGUUGCGCUUCGAGCAAGUACUUUCUAGAUUGUGUAUCACUGUUGGGAACUGGCGCGAGCCUCUAACCACGUGGGCCGAGGGCCAGCCGCCAAUCGCCUUGCGGCCGUGCCGGCGGCCAAUAGGAAAAAGGGGGGGCGGGUGGCGCCACCUGAUCCCUCAUUUGCAUAUCGGGGUCUAUGUAAAGCGGCGCGGGGCAGCGGGGGGCGACAGUGUCAGUCCGGCGGCUGGUCGGACAAGGAUCGCGGUGGCAGCCCCGAUGCCGGAGAGCGGGACCAAGGUGAUCGCCAAGAAAGGCGCCAAGAAGGCGGCUUCCAAGUCGCACCACAAGGGCGACAAGAAGCGCAGGAAAGCCCGCCGGGAGAGCUACGGCAUCUACGUCUACAAGGUGCUGAAGCAGGUUCACCCGGACACGGGCAUCUCCUCCAAGGCCAUGAGCAUCAUGAACUCGUUCGUCAACGACGUCUUCGACCGCAUCGCCUGCGAGGCCUCCCGCCUGGCCCAUUACAGCCGGCGCCACACCAUGUCGUCGCGGGAGAUCCAAACCGCCGUCCGCCUGCUGGUGCCCGGCGAGCUGGCCAAGCACGCCGUCUCCGAGGGCACCAAGGCGGUCACCAAGUACACCAGUUCCAAGUGA